AUGUCAAGGUCUCAGUACCUUCGUCGAGUCCUCCAUCGCGAUCAGAACCCUGUAUCCGCCAGAGUAUUUGAGGAGCAAGCAGGAUCUCUGUUUUUGUCGCCUAAUACGCCUGAUCAGGGUAUAGACGUCUACUCUCUGGAUCCGGCCUUGAGUGAAAUCACGAAUUCGAAUGAGUACAUGCAAGACGAUCGGGUGAGUCACUCACGAUCAAUCAUCGACGACAGUAUCGAGAUUCAGGAUAAGAAGGUCGAUUCUCUCAAGUCCCAAGGCAUAUUACAGCCGCCGAAAGGGCCAGGUGAUACAAUCCUUUCGCUCCGAACUAAAGAAGAUCUAAAGCAGUAUGUGGCUGCCGCAAAAGGCUUUCAGGCCUUUUUCAUCCGUCAACGUCAUUCGUACUCCCCAUUGACAAUAACAUAUGAGCUGUUCGAAACUCUACUCCUCGAGAAAAAUGUCUCUCCUCAAUUUAGAGACUACGUCUUGUACAUGGGCGAGAGAGAGCGCGAAGUGGAGAUGCUUUCGUUCUGCUUCGGAGAAUUCCCCUGGAUUUUUGUUACUCCAUCGCGACUCGCACAGCAGCGCAUAGACGGCUAUGCAAGCUGCAGACAUGAGGGUCUGGAGUUCAACCCAUUCGAAAUACACCUCCUACUCUUGGACACAGCCAUGGCGAAUUGGAGACACUACCUGAUAGACUUGGCCGCAGAGACAGACCAGCACGCUGCCCAAUCAUUAGGAGCUUCUCCCGACGAUCAAGGUCCUAUAAAUAUGGCAGAUUGCGGUGAACGUCAAGCACUUAUGAUUUUGGACGGCAAGCUACAAAAUGCGGCAAUCGCCAUCAAGUCGACUAUAGAAAAUGUCAGAGCACAUCUUGAUUGCCAUAGAUUGCUGCGAGAAGGGGUGUCUGAGGUCAAAGAACCAGCGGGGGGCUUUAUUGUCUCAGAUCUUAUGGAACAGCUGAAAGAGCUUGACACGCUUGUCUUGCGAGUCGACGCAUUGAGAGCGCGUUUGCAAGGCAUCACAAGCUUAGUGUCAAGCUUUCUUGAGCUAAACAAUGGCUUCGCCCUACAAAGCCUGGCCAAAGAUUCAGGAAGGGAAAAUGAAGAAAUGCGAAAGCUUAGCGAGAGAAUGCAUGCGUUAACGGAGAAGGGAACUCAAGACGCCGCAGCUAUCAAAGUCUUGACUAUAUUGACCUUGAUAUACUUGCCUGCAACUGUGGUUUCCAACUUUUUUUCCACGUCUUUCGUCAACUUACAAACAUCCCCCGGGAUGUCGAAUCAUGUGGUUGUCUCUGGUGACUGGUGGAUAUUCGUUGCAGCUUCUGUUCCGCUCACGCUACUCACCCUCUACACUUGGUGGGUCGAAGAGGCCGUUCUGCUGGUACAAGGCCUAGCACAAUACAACCUGGAGAGAAAGUAUGAUCUUCGGCCAAUUUGUCCAGAAUAUGGGCUUGAAAAAUAG